AUGACAUUUCUCUCUACGCUCCUUAAUAUUCUGAAACGAAUCAUAUCAUUAUUCCUAUUGUAAUACCAGUCAGUCAUUUUUGUAAUUUAGUGAUUUUUUUGCUUGUAUAAUUCGUCUAUUGAUUUGUAUUGUACAUUUACAAAUUUGUCAAAAAAUAAAAAUUAAUAUUCUGUUAUUUGUUAUAAUAAUGACGAGUGAAAACCAGAAUAAUCAAAUAGUUUACACACAAAAGCAUAACAAUUUAUUUGUUUAAUAUUUUGAUCAUAUAUAUAAUAAAGUCCCAAAAUAAUGGAUUGGAUAAUUUCGGACGAGUUAGGCCUUACGGUGGGCCAUGUAGUCGGUUGGGGCGCCGCCGGAGCUAUGAUUAUUGGGGGCAUUGCCCCAUACAUUCCACAGUAUAGGCAAAUUAAAAGAACGCAAGAUGCUGAAGGAUUCUCUCUUUAUGUGUGUUUAGCUCUCUUAAUAGCCAAUACUCUAAGAAUAUUAUUUUGGUUUGGUAAGCGUUAUGAACUGCCAUUAUUAAUUCAAAGCAUUGUAAUGAAUAUAACAAUGUUUAUAAUGAUACAUCUAUGUGUUACUGUUCGUAAAAAGAAUCAAAUUAUUAGAGCAAGAGAGAGAAUAUUCACAGGUGCAAUAUUCAUGUUAUAUAUACUGUUGUGUUGUGUAAACGGAUCAGCUCAGCCGGACGAAACAGCGCGCUGGCUUGACCAACGGACCGAUGUCUCGGGCAGUGAAAAGCCGCGGCGGUUCUAUGAUAUGGACAGAAAGUACUUUUGGGCAUGGACAGACUUCCAGAGCUAUGUGGACUGCAUGCUGGUAUUCUCUGUGUUCGGGGCUGCUGUCACGUAUCUACUUAUAGAAUUUUCUCCGUUCGUUGAGCUGAUUGGCUUUCUCGCCGUUUUCACUGAAGCUAUGCUGGGAGCGCCGCAGAUAGCUAAGAAUCUCCAAAAUAAAAGUACAGAGGGAAUGAGUUUGAGUAUGGUUGUAAUGUGGACAUGUGGUGACAUAUUCAAGACUGCAUAUUUUGUUAUAAGAGAAGCGCCUACACAGUUUUGGGUGUGUGGUGGACUUCAAGUUGCCUUAGAUAUUGUUAUACUCUUCCAGGUGUGGUUGUACCGACAUAAUACUGCCGCAGCGAGACGAACGCGCCGCGGGGACUAGCAGUGGACAGAGACGGACUUAUAGCACCUGUCCUGCGCCCUCCGCGCCCCACUCCACCGUCGUGCAAGUGGCGCCGCCCUAGUCCGGCGUUACACAGUCGCACUGUCGGUACCCUUCCUAUAUCUUCCAUAUAUUUUAUGACAGAAAACCCAUGUAUUUAACCAUAUGUUUGCCAAAUAAUCUACGUUUAGUAGAUGUUGUACUUUUGAACCGAGAGAAUCUAUACACAUCACGUUUCGGGAAAAUAGUUGAUUAUUUAAUUACAAAUAUAAGAAAAGAAUGAUAUAAUUACUUUGAUUAAGCUCGGUUAUAAAGAUUAAUUAAAUCACUACUGUAGGUAUUGUCUAAAUACAAUCAUGUAUUAGGAACCCGUUUAUUUUAUACUCACCUAAUGUGUUAUUCGAACAUUUCCGUAGGUUUACGGUGCUAUGGAUCUGUGCCUAAAUGAUUGUAUGACCAACGAUGUAUUUGUAAAAUCCUAGUAGCAUUUGAUCUUGAUUAUAAAAAUUAAAAAAAAAAAUGCGAAUAAUAUAACUAUGUUAGUAGAAUGACGUUAAUAAAAAAAUAGUCUAGUCGUGUAGUAACUUAAAUGAUCAGUGUAUUAAUAAACCCGUAUUACCUACACAGGUUGUAUUAAAGUCAUUAGUGGCGUUUAAAACUAAGAAUGUAGUGCAUGUAAUACAUUUUAGGACUUAAUUACGUAGCACCUGGAGUCGCGCUCCAAUCAGGUUGACGUUUCAGUAGAGCAAAAUAGUUGUUUUUGAUAAAAAAAAAAACUUCUUAUUAUUUUCUGAUCUAUAAUUAUUUUAAAUAUGGGACUUAUAUGUCGGUAUUGGAAAUUGUUAGUAGGUACUCUUCCACAGUUUUCAAGGUUCAAUACUGAUCAGGUUAUACAGUAUGUAGAAAAAUCUAUGGGAUAGUACUGAUAUACUUGUUUCACUUUAUUAUAUACUAUGAAACAAUGAUUUUUUUUAUUGAAAAUUGAAAAUUUAAAAAUAUUCGUAAAACGCUAAUUUCCAAUAAUUGAAAUUGAAAAUAUUUAAAUUCAUUUAGGACGAGUUUACAUGUUUUAUUGUACGUGUACGCAGAAAGCAAUUUAAGUUAAAUAAAAAAUUCAAACAUGGAAAAGUCACUAAAUGUUAUUAGAUACCUUACUUAGGAAUUUAUAAAGUGCAAUUUUGCUUUAAUCCUUGCGUAUUCUAUGGUGUCAAGCGUAAUUUUAGUUUUCAAUACUGCACUUCAAUUUCAACCUAUACCUACAGGUUAUAAUCUAUUUACCUAUGUUCUACUUUAUAACGAGUAAACUAAAUGAUAUAUAGGUAUAUGAAUAUUCGAUACAUACCUAACUAAAGUUAAUUAAUAAUUAUAGUCCUCCAGUUUUUAUAUUAAUGAUGAUAAAAACUACAUUUUAAUGUAUGUUUUAUUAGUUAUACAUAAGUACGUUGAAAGAAUUAUUUUAAACUUUUUAUGCAUAUUUUAAAUUCACGAUCUGGACUUAACACGACGCGAUUACAGGCAAAUAAUAACUACAUACCAAAUUUUUAUUGCCGACGUUUUAACGUGGGUUUUUUUUUGGUAGUUCUGAAUCGCGUAAAUGUCAAAGCGAUCCAUUCUCGCUAUUGAAUACGGAUGAUGUGUCAGCUCGAAAUAUGAGAGAAUCAGGAAUGAUGUAGUACUGAAAAUAGAGACGAUUGUACCAAUUAAAUACGGUGGAAUUUCAACGUGGGUUACACCACGUCAUUGUCGUCGUCCUGCCAUGACUAAGACGUGGUGCGAGUCACGUCGAAAGGUCGGCAAAAAUCGGGGAUGUAGAUACUAUUUAUCAACCGACUUCAAAUGGAAGGAGAUUCUUAAUUCGGUAGUACUUUUUUUAUGUUUGUUAUCUCAUAACUCCGUUAAUUGUAAACCGAUUUGGGAAUUUAUAUAUAUAGAUAUUUAUAUAUCUAUAUAUAUAUAAAUAUCCAUAGAAAUUUUAUCAAUAUCGGUUUAGUAGUUUAGAUUUUAAAUCAAAGUAAUUGAUUAGCCACAAUUAAAGUCGAUAUUUUGUGUAACACAAUUAUGUGUACGCGUCGUUUUAAGUCUCGAUCGUAAAUUUAAAAUAUAUUGAAAGAAUUUUUUAAUAAAUUCAAUUUAUUCAUAUAGUAAUGUGAUUAUUUUGCUGUGAAUAAAAUGUAUAUAAAUAUAAUCUUGAUUAUAAAUGUAAAUAUGUAAUUAGAUAUAAUGAAUUAUGCCAUACAGUUGGUAAUCUGUAAUGUAAUAAUUAUAAAAACCAUAAUUAAUACAAUUAUCGAUUCCAGUUCUUCGAUAAACUGUAUACAAUUACCGAGUACAGAUAGUACUUUAUAUGUUUUUUAUUGUUUUUUUUUUUAUAAUGACCAAUUAUGCGACGACAUUCAAUUUUAAAGACAUUUAUGAUAGUUCAUAUUAAAUUGACUUAUUUAAUAUAUUUUUUUAACAGUACAAAGAAAAUUAUAACCAAAAGUUCAAAUUAAUACCUAUCUACCAUUUAAUUUUAGAAUGAUUACUCAUAUGAGUGUUCUUGUCUUUAGCAAUGGAUUUGACGUUGUUUCGUAUAUAAAUAUUGUAUAAAUGUUUGAUGUGUUCACUUUAGAUGGAUUAGAUGUUUUUAAAUGCAUGAAAAAAAAAAUUAAACCAGCUUGCGUUUUUAGUAUAUGCUGUGUAGUGGGAUGCUAAUAAGGGAUGAUAGAUAAGGAUAAACACAGGUUAACAUCUAUCUAUCGUGAUGUAAUAUUAAAGAUGAUAUCAAAUACUAUAAAAUGUGGUUAUUUAAAAAAAGAUAAGACACCAAGGACUACAUUGGUCGAGUAUUUUACAUAAAAAUAAAGCUUAAAUAGCUUCCUAAAAUACUUUUUAUUGUACGAAAUUCUGUAGCAAAACAUAAAUAUUUAUUAUCUAAUGGAAUUUCAUUAUUAAUACAGUAUGGAAUAUCCCGUGCGAUACUGGGAGACGAUAAUAGUCUAUUCAGAGGGCCUACCAUGAAACAUUCGGAGCCAAACGAAACAAAAAUUUGAUGUUAAAAUUACAUAAUACAUACCGUUUGGAAAUAUUAAAAAUGUUAAAAUAUUGUUCCUUUGGACUUUUAUGAUAGGAUGUAUGACGAACGAAAUGUUAAACUCCAUUUAUUGGUCCGAUUUUGGUAUAAACAAAAACUCGAAAUUGAGUCCGAAAUUUCGGAAUUUCAUUUAAUGGUAGACCCGCUGAUGAUGGAAUAUCAUCAUAAUGAUGGAUAUUGUAUCUAUCAUCUGUUUCGUGUAGUAACAAAUUUACCAUAGGCAUAAUUACAUAAUUUUAAUAACCUAUAAGUAUUUAUAAAUGCUUCCGAUUAGACUUAGUGAUUUUUUAAUAAUAAGAUUUAGUAUAGUGAGAUGCAUUUCCAUAUCAGAAUGUAAAUAUUAUUAGAUGCUUGUAUACCGUGUGAUAGUUAUGUACAUUGUUUUAUAAUUAAAUACUAUCGAUAGAGGGCGGGAAAUGCAACAAAAGGGAAACUUUAAGAAUCGUCAUCACAAUAUUUAGAAUUUUCAGUAACGUUUUUGUUGUAGAUUUCUUAUAACAUUUUAGAUUGUCAUCUACUUGUACAAUUGAAGUCCAGUUAUGUUUCGUGCAAUCACUAUUUUCACUAGUUGUUUUUUCGGUUAGUUUAUUUAGUUUUCCUCUUCUGUCUUGUAGAUCCUUCGCAAUUGCAUGAUCUUCAUUGCAAUACACACACAAAUAAUCCAUCUUUCAAUCUAUAAAUUUUAAUAAAUACAAAAAAGUGUUUAAUAAUCAAUGGCCCACAAAAUUGGAAUUGUCAAACUAAACAAAAUUAAUCUUGAGGCACAAUAUGUCCAAAAAUUCAAAAUGACAUGAUCUUUGAAGUUUAAAUAUGCAGAAAUAAUGAUAAGAAAUUGAAUGGAUUAAAUAAUUGAUUCGUAACCAAGUAAUAUUACUAAAAUGGGAGUUUGUACAAAAAAUACAAAUUAAUUACAGCUAUGGAUAACGUCAUUGCAAGUCCAUAAAGAAAUUCUGACGCCAAUAGUAAAUGUCGAUAAGAAGUACGUUAUUCCGCAUUUAGGUAUAAACUUUGAUCGGCCAAGCUUAUGUAAAUGAAUUGUGUAUAACCUAAUUGAAUGAAAUUUUAUUUUUCCUAAAAAUCUCUAUUUUGGCGGUGUGAGGUUUCUCUCUUACAUACUUUAUUCAAUGGAUGUUUAUGUACACUAUAAAUAAAUAAAUAAGGGAGAAACCUUGAAACUAAAAGAGAAAAUGAUGAGACUAUUUAGCACUUAUUUAAUUGGUAGAAUAUACCGUAUUACGUUUAAAGAAUGCAUUAAAUUUAAAAAAGUAAUAAUCCAAGACAAAAUACGCCCGAAAUAGUAGAAUAAUAAAUAAACAACUGUAUUUCAUUUGAAUUAUUCAUUUGUCAUUGUAUAUUUUUAUUUAUGGUGCAAUAAAGAUUUAAAUAAAUAAAUAAACAACGAUAGUAGAAUUCUAAAAAGAGUUGUCCAUUCAUAACAAUAGUAGGAUCAUAAAGAUUCUAGAUGGUACGAAAGUAUAUGAACUAUGGUUGUAAAUAAGUGUUAGAAAUAUGUUUGUUCGUGGUCCGCUGAAUUAAAAUUAUAGAAAAGAUUUAUAUGAUAUGCUUAGUAGUAAUAUUAUAAACGAUGACUAAUGUCAUUCCGGCAUAGGCUGUAUAUUAGUAUUUUAGAUUUAAGUAGCAGUUCCAAGGCAGAGGUUUCGUCGUGUGUUAAUAAUAGAAUAAAAAUAUUUGAAUUGUAACUAUUAAGACCUGCGCAGGCGACUUUCUGUACGCGAACAAAAUGUCAUGUCUUUAUACUGUCGAUAUUCCUUUAUUUGUUGUAUUUUAUUGGAAAUCAGACCAACAGAAAAGUUAUAUGCAUUUCUACGCAGAAUAACAGUAAAGCCGCAGAUUAUGGUUAAACAUAAUAUACAUAAGAUAAUAGACGGUAAUUUAUCUAAAAAAAAAAGUAAGUAAUUAAAAAAUAAUUUUAAGUUUGCCCUAAAAAAGAAAGAAAACUAACAAUCAUUAUGUUGAAAAUAUAACUUUACAUGUUUUAAUUACUUGAUUCAGAAACCGGACUUUCGUGGUAUAAGAUGGAUCUCUACUAACUUGCAUGGACACUUAAUAGGGAUGGCUAUUUAUUUAUCCGCCAAUCUAAAUAAUAUAAAAAAAUUAGAACACACAGUAAUACACAUUCUUAAAACAUUGGCUUAAAUUUUAUAAUUUGUUAGUGAUGUCUGCAUAUUUUUUUGUUAGUCUGAGAUUGAAACCAAAUGUGACGUAAUUUGUUGUCUACAUUAGUACCUAUUUGUGAAUAGUGUAUACAUAGUAGUAUAAAAAAAAAGUUAUAUUGUAAAUAGUGAAAAUAUAUUAUCUUUUUUUUUUAUUUUAAUUAAUAACUCAAUAAGGAUUAAAGUAAAGAGGAAUAUCGCUCCAGGCGUAGAAUAAAAACUAUACGAGUAUGUAUGUAUUAAAUAUUAAUUUAUGCUUCUAAUUUUGUGAUAUAGGUUUGUAGCAAACUGCAUAAUACUUUUUUUUUUUUAGAUAAAAUUGAAUACUCACCUAUUCUAGCCACACGUUUUAGAUUAUAUUUAGGUAUACAAAAUUAAAUUAAAAUUUGUUGACACAAUUAUAUAUUGUCAAUAAGUAUAGUCAUUCUAUUAAAAUUAUUAUCAAUUAUUUAAACGAAAAUGCCUUUUGAAUGGCAAUAUUACAAUUUAUUUACUUAAAUGUUAUUUAGUUUAAAAUUUGGCGAGUUCAUUUAUCUAAAUAUUAAGCAGCCUACACGUUCGCGAUAAAAACCUCGAACAAAACCGCAGACGAUGCGAGUUAUAAUCUAGUUACUUUUCAAGUAUUGAUACGUACUUAUUACUACUGGUUACAUAUAUUGAAUAUGUAAUCAAUAGUAAUAUAGAACACACAUAAACACACACAUUUUUAUUAUAACACAGGAUCAUGCGGCUCACCUGAUGAUAAGUGACUAUCACCGCGUAAUACUACUUACCUAUAACCGUAUACAAAAACAAAUUUUAGAUGGGUACAGCGCCCCUAGCGGCUAUCGUGUGUACAAAGAUCUAUUUUGUGAGUGCUGCAGUUUUCGACCUGACAGGCUGUUGAUAUUUAGGUUUGUUAUUUAAUACUUUUAGCCAUUUAAAAAUAUUUUCCAUUAUUAGAAUAAUUUUCACGGCUUCUCAUUUGAAGACCGAAUAUUGUAUUUUGAUUUUAUCAUUUAAAUGUCUACGAUUGAAAACGUUACAAGCAAACCUAAAUCUUUGGUAAGCAUUACAGAAGUAGCUGAUUUUUAAUGAACUUAGAAGUUUUAAAGCUUAGUAGUCAGAGUGUCCACUUUUUGGAUAAAUCAAAUUUUAUUUGCUUGAAAUUUAAUAUUUUUGAAAUCUAGGAAAUGCAGAUCAAUUCCGUAGAAGUAGCACUGUUGCCUACUUUUUAAAAAUAGCAUUAAAAAUUAACUACUAUUAUAAAAUACAAAACUGGACUAUAUAAGCUACCAGCACAGGACACUAUUUUAAUACUGCGACGCGUCCCUUAUAGUUUACAUAUUGUGAAACAUAAAGAAGUUUUAUUGAAUGAAUUUUAGAGUGGGAACCCUGCUAAUAAAUAAUAAUAAUAAAUGUGAUUUUACAUUCAUUUAUAGCUUCUGCAAUUUGUUGAGUAAUUGUUAUGCUUGCUAUACAGUGAGUUUCGUAUCCCUUUCGACCUGAUGAGGUCAAAAAGGACAUGAAGCUACGAAGCUCUCUCGGGGUACCGAGAGACAAUUUUGUAAUUGUGAUAGUACAUAUCAUAAUAUUAUUGUAUAUUUAAAUAAUACUGUACAUUAGAACUAUAUACCUAUAUAUAUUUGUCAAUUAAUUUUAUAUUACAUAAUUGUACAAAAGUGAGAUAAAUACCAAUACUGUGAAGGUCUCCCAGCGAGAAUUGUGGAGAAUUAUAAAACGUGAGUAAAACCGACGAAUAAUUACAAUAAAUGUCUAUAGUUAAUUAAAACCGUUGUCUAUACUAAUUGACACCGCUUUUUUAAUGUUAAAUUAAAGUUUUGACGAUAUUUGUUGAAAAUUGUUCAGCUUAGUAAAUACUGUCCACCCUAUUAUACCAUUACUAUAAUAAUCCUAAUAUUUCUUAAAAGAUUUCUACUUGAUUACCUUUACACGGUUUAGCGGAUUUGUAUGAUUUUUAGUAUACAGAUAUUAGCUGUGUACAAUUAAAAAUACUUAUUUCUAAAACUGUUAUAAAUAAUGCUUCGUUCACUUCAAUUUUCGCUGCGAUGUCUCUGUGAUGUUGUCAUUUAAUUUCUUAUACAAUAUAAAGUAUACUGUUUGUUAAA